UCACCUACACGCUGCCGUUGAGAACGAACAUUCAUGCACUCAAGACCAUAUGGGGAGGAGUUUACCUAAGACCACAACAAUAAGUUAAUGCUUGUGCAGGGGGGGCGACAGACAUCAGUUCAUGACUGUGCAAGUGAUGCGCUCUUUGGGACUCAUCUGAAUCUAAGUGAAACGGUGUUGUACAUCUGUAGAGCACGUUGGAAGGAUCCGAAACAUUUAAUCCCUGCAACAGUUCGUUCAACUCCAAAAAACUGCACGCAUCACGGGGGUCAUUACGCACGUAUUAGUCAAUUUACCACAGCUCUCUUUCGCCGCUCUCAAAAGAUUUUCACUCUGGGAGGCUAGAGGGCUUUCACUCAACCAGUAUAGCCCUUUUGACAUUUCAACUGAGCGGACUUUAAACGUGUCUUCCCGAUGUAGCCAAGACUAAAUCCAACGGAGGAAAGUAAUCAUAUCACGGAAAAUGCGUUUCAACCGAGGACACUGUGGAAAUCUUUAUGGCGCUGUCCAAGAAUGACAUUACAUCGUCCAUUAUAUGGAGGCAGGAAAUCUACUUUUCACAAUGAGCUGAUAUCUUGCCUCACAACCAUAAGAAGAUGGAUAUGAAUCUGACGACUGUGGUGGACAGUGGGUAUCUGGAAGCUGACCCUUCCACGCGCGUCCUGACUGGAUGCUUCCUGUCCCUGCUCAUACUGUCCACACUGCUGGGCAACACUUUGGUGUGUGCCGCCGUCACCAAAUUCCGCCACCUCCGCUCCAAGGUCACCAACUUCUUUGUCAUCUCGCUGGCCGUGUCGGACCUGCUAGUGGCUGUGCUCGUGAUGCCAUGGAAGGCCGUGACGGAGAUCGCAGGCUUCUGGCCGUUCGGCGCCUUCUGCGACGUGUGGGUGGCCUUUGACAUCAUGUGCUCCACGGCAUCCAUCUUGAAUCUGUGCGUCAUCAGCGUGGAUCGCUACUGGGCCAUCUCCAGCCCUUUCCGCUACGAGAGGAAGAUGACCCCGCGUGUGGCCUUCAUUAUGAUCAGUGCCGCCUGGACGCUGUCUGUCCUCAUUUCCUUCAUCCCCGUCCAGCUCAACUGGCACAAGGCGGCUCAGCAUCCCCAUCAUCAACUGCAGAGGGACCAGUCCCCUGCAGGCUCCAUGUCCGAGGCGGCGGCAGCGGCCAAUGGCUCCCUCGGGAGGCCUCUGGCAGGGGUGAACUGUGACUCCAGCCUCAAUCGGACGUACGCCAUCUCCUCAUCGCUGAUCAGCUUCUACAUCCCCGUGGCCAUCAUGAUCGCCACGUACACGCAGAUCUACCGCAUCGCCCAGAAGCAGAUCCGCCGCAUCUCGGCGCUUGAGCGCGCCGCCGAGAGUGCCAAGAACCGCCACAACAGCAUGGGUGGCAACUCCACGGCCGAGUCCGAGAGCUCCCUCAAGCUCUCGUUCAAGCGCGAGACCAAGGUCCUCAAGACCCUCUCCAUCAUCAUGGGGGUGUUUGUGUGCUGCUGGUUGCCCUUCUUCGUCCUGAACUGCAUGGUGCCCUUCUGCCAGCGCGAGGCAGGCAGUGGAGGAGGCGGCGGCAGAGGUGGACGGAUGGACUUUCCCUGCAUCAGCUCGACCACCUUCGACAUCUUUGUGUGGUUCGGCUGGGCCAACUCCUCACUCAACCCCAUCAUCUACGCCUUCAACGCCGACUUCCGCAAGGCCUUCGCUAUCCUCCUGGGCUGUCAGAGGCUCUGCCCUGGCAACGGAGGGGUGGAGACGGCCAGCCUGAACAAGACCUGAAGGUCCAGCUGCUAUCCACGCCGCCUCCACCAUCACCACCACAACAACAACAACAACCACCACAACAGAUGGGUGGAGGCGGCCAGCCUGAACAAGACCUGAAGGUCCAGCUGCUAUCCACGCCGCCUCCACCAUCACCACCACAACAACAACAACAACAACAACAACAACAACAACAACAACAACAACAACAACCACCACCACAACGACCCGCCUGCCCCCUCUCCCCUUCUGCCAGUGCACCCUCACUCCAUCCAUUCUGCACACUCUGAGGGGACGGAGGACAUUUCCAGUGAGCGUAACAUGACCUAGUUUUCGGCCAAGCCAUGCUCUGGCUAGCCACAGAUUUCGGAAUACUAUUCCAAGAAGAGGAGGGAGAAACAAACAACUCCUGGCGGCUCUUGGUGACUUGGAUCUUGUUGCUGAUGGUACUUUGCAGAGGAUAAUCCCCCUGAUUCGGAAACAAGUAUCACAUUGACGGGAGGCUAUAAGGUCUGACAAGCACAGCAAGCAGAAGCCCUGGCAUAAUCAGAGCCACAGUUGUGUACAAACAAGUCAGACAGUCCAUCCGUGACCUCGGCUAGAGUCCUUAUUUUUGUUUGUUCAUUUUUUAUAUAAAUACUUCACAAGGGACCUUAAUGUGGAUGUUUGAUUUCUGUAGAAUGUUUUUUCACAGCAGGCACAACAUAGCAUACCGAGAGAUAUGAAAAGUCAUCUGCAAAAUGUAAUCAGCUGUUUGUGUAUGUGUGCAUCCCUAUUGGGUCGUAAAGCCUUGUCGUGAGCCAUCAUGAACAUCAUGUUAACAUGCAAGUCAUAGCUUUGCCAUUUAACUUGCAGAUCAUGUCCAUUCUCCUUGAUUACGGUCAUUUGUGCUGCACUGAAGGGAACAGAAAUGAACAGAAGCAGCAACCAAUUUCUCAUUCCAUGCAUUUCUAAAAUACCACAAUUUCACCAAUGAAGUGGGGAUGGAGGUGGGCGGAUUUAAUUAAGAUGACUCCAGAUUAACCUUUCAUUGGCUAUUUUGUCCCAAGAUGACCAUGUUAUCUGCCUUCUGCCUUGUACAUGAGCUGCUUGUCGGUCAUUAUUAAAUUCAUGGGAGCCAUUUUCUUUUUUUUCCAAAACAAGCAGCCAGGUGGUCUGUUAUUCAACAGGCUGUCUUGCGAUUGUUCCCCCAUCUUCCCCCACCACCACCGAGAGCAUCACCUUCUUUGCAUUACUCUCUGUUGUCCGUGCCAUCAUCUUUUUCCAUUACUUCAGGUGGAAAAAACCAUCCAACACCAUUAAACAGUUGGCCAGGCUACCAUACAAAGCUGUAAUGGGGAGUUAGGGAGUGGAAUAGUACCUUUGAUAUUUGUGUGUAGGAGGAUCUAUUGCUGCGAUGGUGAUCAUUAGGAUUUUGAUGAUCAUGUUCAGAUGUGUAAUUGAUUGUAAUUGUAAUGGAGUCUUUUUUUUUCCCAACUCUUUUGCAUCCUUGGUGAACAAGACAUUGAUGCGAAAUAUUCAAGGAUGCUUCCGUUUAAUAAUUUAAAUUGUACGAUGUUGAAAUGUGGGUUGUCAGAGUUGUGCUGUAGAAACACUAAAUGUGGUGCAGAUGUCCAAGUGCAAUGUAGUUCUGUUUAGUGCUGCUACCUCCGGGGAGGAUUUCUCACAGACAAAUCAACCACCUCAUCAGUAAUCAAGGAUAUUGUGUGCAAUCGAGUCUUACUAUCAAACCAACAGAAAUAUCUUCAUUCAAAUAUCUUCAUUGAUGGACUUUGACUCUGUGGACGAAUGUGUCUAUAAGCUUCAGCUGAAUAAAUGUGUGUGUGAGUGUGCUUGUUUGUGUUUGUGUGUGUGAGUGUGCUUGUUUGUGUUUGUGUGUGUGAGUGUGCUUGUUUGUGUUUGUGUGUGUCUUCUUCCAGUGGUCUUUUCAGUCUCCCAUGUUCCCAGCUUGACAGAAAAGAUUAACGACGAUACCAGAGAGGGUUAAAGCGGAGCGAGAGGCGCAAACGUUCGACAAUUUCCGCGUUCGAUUAUUGCAAGGGGGAGGGGGG